AUGACGAUCAAUUAUUUUAAAGAGCACGUCACUGAAUCACUUCGGUGUGCAUCAGCGGAGUCAGACAUCAAAUCGGUCGACUCGAUUAAGAUGCACCGAAUGUCGUUGGGCCCAACUGGCGUAGAUAUUCUCCGUGAACUUACGAAGAAGCAGCAGAACCAGGUGCAGAGCAAUUGUCAAGCCCUAAAACUACGGUCAAAGACAAGAAUUCGGGAUAUUCCAGACGUGGAAAUGGAUUUGGCGGAGUUGCGGCAUAGCCGACCUAACGUAUAG